AUGAAUAUCCGUCGGAUUGAUAAGAGGUCAACCGUCGUGUUUGAUGUCGGGGCCACGGUUUUCGUGGUCAACUCCUCGUCCAUCGGCACAAACAUCGGCGACACCCUUCAGUCGGAUUAUCGACUUUGCAUGUUCCUUCGAUAUUCCCCAUUCAUCGAAGAAUUUUCUAUAUUUUUCAUAUAGUUUCCAACAGGAAACUUUUCGAAAAUCUCUUUGUAAUUCUCAAUUAUUGCCAAGCCAAGCCCAAAUUGAAGAUCUAGAAAAUUUAAUUGAAUUCACUAAGGAGAUAAGGUGCGUGCAGUUGUAAAAUUUUGAAUUGUGAUUAAAGCCCUUUUUGGUACUAUAGAUAGGGAUUCACGAUUUACGAAAAUACAUUUUUGCCAAGUUCAAAUAAAAUGGACCUUGAAAGGUUUUUUUCGAAAAAUGAGAAUUAUUUGAAGCUCCAAAACAAUCAUCUACCACUAUUUUAGUAGAUUUCAUAACUUCUGACCUUUUCAAUCCUCGAGUCAUCAACACAGUAAACUUUUUCAGGAAGUUUUUUGGAGUUCAGGAGAUUUUCAAACGUUCCGCAGCAGAAUUUUAUCAUAUUAACCUGAGAGGAUUUCUACAAAAAAAAAAAUAAAGUACUUUCCUUCAUUUAGUUCUUUGACUAUCGGAAAUAUUUUCCCAUAUUCCCUGUUAACUUUUAUCGAAAUUUCAUCUCCUAUUUCUUAUACUAAUUUAUGCGACAAUCCUUUGCCAACAUGUAGACAAGUCCACAAUUUACAGCUGCGCAAAGUCAGACAGAACGCUUCUUCGGCAGCUUAGUCCGUUUUUCACAGCUCAUCCUCCUCAGUUUUUUGUUCAGAACACGUCGCGUCGAGGCAGAAGUUCAAAAAGGGCGGGUGAAACCAGUCGGCUGAGGAGCACGUAGCGUCCGCUGCCAACGGCUCUCCUGCUUAUUUGAACACCUCUUCAGUUGAACCGCGAAGCAGCAGAACUCGCGGAUGUCCCUCCGGCGGUGCUGCCACUUCAUCCGAACCGCGAUGGCACCCAGCCAUUCUUCUCAGUUCUGCCCAGCUUCUUUGGUCGAUUCGGAGCUUUUUGUCUUGUCUGGUACCAUUUUAUGCCUAUUAGAAUUCAUUCACCUCUUUUAUUAUUUUUUGCUCUGCCGAAAGUUUCUUUAGGCUGCUCGGAACUAUGAAAAGAUCAUCUUUCCCAGGACAAUUUCCAAGUUUUAUCAAUAACUCUUCUAACUAAAGUUUUCAUUUAGUUCUGAAUCAAAAAUUCUAAUUAGAGCGCUGUAUUUGUUUAUUAAAAGGUUCUACAACUGAAUAAGUAUUAGAAAAUUGUUCAUUGGCGUACUUUCAAACUAGGUUUUUGCGCGUCGCUCUUUAUGCAUCACGCUUAAUCCGUACAAAACAUUUUAUCUCCCGUCAUUUUGUAUUUAUUCCGUGUAAAAUCUUCAUUCCGUGUAAAAUCUUCACUCGAAGUGGUCGCUCUCCUUCUGAGGCUUCCACCUAGAGCACGGUCUCCGGGCUCCAGCUCAACAUCCACUACAUUCUGAGCUCGUCAAGGCGCAACUGGAUGGACUACGCGCAGAAGGACAAGACGAAGGACCGUAAGAACAUGUUUUCAACUCUUUCGACUACACGUUUGGACUUCUAGCUCACCAAAGGCGGUUGUUCGUUAUAGCUUUUAAAGUUCUUGUUCACCGCCUAGUCGAUUACAUCGGACUAAAACAACAAAAUAAAUGAUUUGAUUUGAUUUGAUUUAAAUGUCCGUGUCUUUUUUGGUUCCCAUGAACGCUGACUUCUAGAUUUGCCUUCUUGAAAUAAUACCUUGUCUAUAACUAUUUUCUCUUCUAGUUAAAAAAUAGUCUUGUUCCAUUCAUUCAACUCGUACUACGACAUCAAUUUGAAAUUUUUUUCUUCUUAGUCGGUAGCUCUCCCCAUACAAAAGCGAUCUUUUGUUUCUGACUCAGCGACGUAAUCUAGUUGGUCGCGAAUUCCAGCGUGCGUGUGUGACUGUCGUUCGCGCCGUCGCGGAGCACGUUCGCCGACGGCUGUCCAACCUGUCCGAGGCGCUCCCUUGUGUACCUCUGUACUUCAGCCCUGUUUAUCAGCCGUUUCAUCACUCGCCUCUCACUCAUUACUCAUCUUAGCUUGUUCCUCAGGACCACACCUCUUUCACCUGUCUUUCUGAUCCCAUCCAUCCGUGUAAAUUGAAAUAAAUAGUCCUCUUCUGCUUUUCAUAUUUUGUUCUCAUUUUGUUAGCUUUUGCUUUUUUUUUAUUUCAACAGGCAAUGACAGAGGUGGAGGAUGGCUGCCCUCUGGCCGCCCUGCCUGCCAAGCCAUAAACGCCCAAAAGGCAGAAAUGACUUUUUCAAAAGUCAGCGUGGCGCGACGGUCAUUUUUAUGGCGAUAUCGCCCUAGCAUCUAGAAGCGCUUGUUUUGAGCGAUGUAUGAAACUUUUUUACAAAAACACAAAAACACGAAAAAAUGGUGGUAUGAAAAAAAGAUCAGCGAAAACUCGAACGGCGACUUUUCUGAUUUUUUCAUAUCGCUAGGGAGCUUUCCGACGAAGAACUUUCCGACUAAUCCUUUUCAACUUUUUUGCUAAAUAAACUCUUCGUUUUGAAUCCUCCCAUAUAAAGUAGGUAGUUGAUUCAUGAUUAAAACACAAAAAAGUGGACAAAGUGGCCGUCGGAAAGUUCCCUAGCGAUUUGAACAAAUCGGAAAAAGUCGCCGUUCGAAAAUUCACUGGUUUUUUUUUUCAUACCACCGGAAAAAUCCAGGUAGAGAACUGUAAGCCUUCCACUCUUAACGAGGUGGCCUGGCGUAAUAGGGGUUUUCAGUCAUUUGACUUUUUUGGAAACCAAAUGAAUCAAGAGAAAUACUUUUGCAUCAAUUUCAUAGCAUCUCAAAAUUUUUUGGUCCAAGUAGUUCUCUAGUGAGAUUGAAAAGGUAGCCUUUUGACCCGUUUCAGUGACAAUUCCCUGCUGAAAUAACUGUUACAGUAGAUUAAAAACGUUAACACGAAGUUGCGAAAAAAAAAACAAUUCAAAAAUUACAAAAUUGAUAAUGAUUAGUUCAGGGCGUUAUCGCCACGUACUUGACCUAAUUGCCAAAGACCACGUGAAUUAUUGGCUCAUUUCUAUCGUUUGGCUUUUUGGCUUGGCUUGGCCGCCAAUCCAAGGGCUGCCUUCCCAAUUCUCCACCUCUGGGCAAUGACACUGUAAAUGGAGCCUUUUUUUCCAAUUUUUCAGCGAAAAAAUCUCAGAACAAAAAAACACGUAAAAGUAAUGUUUAAAAAGUGCUUCUGGGGUCUCUUCUUUUUUGCUUUUUCCGCAGCUCUGUGAGAAACUGUUCAAAAAACGAUGAAAAACUCAGAAAAAAGGUUCGGAGUUCAGACAAAUGGCCGUAAUUGGAGCCUCACCGAUGGCUAGGCAAAGCGAAUUCGGCGUCGCCUGUGUUUUCGCACCGCUUAGCAUGGCUUCAUUUUGAUUUUUGUUUGAGUUUUAGCUCAAAUUUCGGUGA